AUGGCGGAAUUCUUCUUGAAGCGAAUGUUGUUUGCGAGGUUGCGAACUACACGCACGGCCACUGGAACCCAACCGGUCCCGCGAUAUCAGCCAGAGACUGAGCACGAGGCGUCCCACGAAAACGAGACGGAAGACGCGACCACACCCGAACACGGAGAUCCCGAAGACGAGAUUGACGACGAUGCUGAGCCUGUGCCAGCAGCGGAAGAUGCUGAAGACGACGCGGAGAGGCUACGAACUCCCUCCGCAGACCGCGAUCUCCGCGCGACAUGGAUCGCGGGCAUCAACAGCCUGUGGAGAUGCGCCGCAGACAGGGCCGCCCUUCUAGCCGCACAAGCUAGAGACGCUGCAUUCGAUGCUGUCGAGAUGGUCAAAGAGCUUGGGUUCAUUGGCACAGCAAAGGCAAUCGGCCACUGGAUCAGACUGAAUCCGUGGAAGACUGCGCUGAUCGUAGUGCCUCUCGUUGCGCUUGCAAUCACAGCGAUAGCGCUCUCGGCCACGGGCUUUGGCCCAGCUGGGAUCGUUGCAGGUACGUCAUCUCGGAGAAUAUAUCGUGGACAUUGA